GAUGCAGCUGGCAGCCUAACACCAUCAGCUGUUAAUAAUAAAUCGAAUUGUCAUUUCAAAAUAAACAAUUUACAGAUUGAGAGUUAAUUUAAUUCAUUCCAGUAUUUUUUUAAUUUAGUGAUGACGAUUUAUCAUUUAUAUAUUUUUGAUAAAUUCGGCACCAUGCUGUAUUAUGCCGAAUGGAAUCGUACAAAAAAAUCGGGUGUUAGCAGAGAAGAGGAAGCGAAACUAACUUAUGGCAUGCUUUUUUCAAUUAAAUCAUUCGUCAGCAAAAUAUCUCCACAAGAUCCCCGCGAAGGAUUUCUUUACUACAAAACGAACAGAUAUGCGCUUCACUACAUGGAAACACCUUCUGGCCUAAAGUUUGUGCUGUAUACCGAUACUGCCGCGUUAAAUGUGAAAGAACUUUUGCAGCAGUUGUAUAGCAAAAUUUGGGUAGAAUAUGUCGUACGUGAUCCACUUUGGAAUCCAGGGACACCUGUGACAUCAGAGCUAUUUCAAACGAAGUUAGAUGAAUUUAUAAAACAGUCAGCACUAUAUGGCAUACGUAAUAUAUAAGAUAUCAAUUCAUUAGUGCAAAUUUACUUUCUUUAAACAUUUCCGUUCCGUUGGGUGUCCAAUUGCUAAGUAUAUGUAUGUUAUUAAAUAUUUCUUAAUUUUAUAUAAAAUAUUUGUGAAAUUACUUUUACCAAAAUGAAGCUGCUUAGCGGUUUAAAUCGAAAACUUUUCCUUAGUUUUUAGGUAAUUUUCAUAUGCUGGUUAGUAAUUUAUUGAAAUAAAAAAUAAUAAAAUACA